UAUUUCCUCCUGGAUUCUGAAUAUGAAGUCUGAACUCUACAGAGAAGGGUCUGGCAGCACCAGUGUGACUACUGGUGCCUAGAAUGCUUACCCUCAACUCCCUGAGCUGACUUCUUCUGGAAAACACUCUUCUGCUCUUCCCUAAUCCCUCAUAAAUAGUAUUCCCAAAGCACUGUGAACUUGUCAUGUCCAACAAUGUAGACUUAAAGUUAUAUCUCUCCCUUUGUGUAUAUUUUUCCCUGGAAUAUGAGCUCUCAAUGUAGGACUAUCAUUGUAUCUUUAGCACCUAGCUCAGUCUCUUGGACAAAGGGAGUCCAUGGGAAAUAGUUGCCAAAAGAAUUGAAUACAGAACAUUUGACUUGGAAUUUUUUCUUUAUUAGAACCUUGAAAAUAUUUGUGCAACCAUUUGGUCCUCAGUACGAAGUGAUGUUAAAGGGUGAGGUCGUUUCUUCAGGAAGUAAACCUCUGCCACCUGAGUCUCACUGCUCAGAUGUUACGUCAAUUUUGUCCAAUAAGCAGUUUCUGACUUGGGGAGGUGUCCCUCUCGGCAGAACACAGCUUCAGAAACUAACUUUAAGAAGCAGUUCUACAUCUACAACCCAACAUUUGAGGCUGCUUAUUAGAGGACAAGAUCAGGAUUGCUUUCAGCUUCAGAACACUUUUGGCUCAGAAGAGCGAUUGACUAGUAACUGUGAGAUCAGAAUUCGCCCCAAAGAAGACAUUACAGUAUCUGUACUAUUUGCACCUACUCGAUUAUCUUGUAUGUUGGCUAAACUAGAAAUCAAGCAACUCGGAAGUAGGUCACAACCAGGCAUUAAGUUCAUGAUACCUUUGUCUGGAUAUGGAGGAACAAGUAAUCUUAUUUUGGAAGGUGUUAAAAAACUAUCUGACAGUUACAUGGUAACAGUGAAUGGCUUAACUCCUGGCAAAGAAAGUAAAAUUGUAUUUUCUGUCCGCAACACUGGCUCUCGAGCAGCUUUUGUUAAAGCAGUAGGUUUUAAGGAUUCACAGAAAAAAGUUUUGCUGGACCCUAAAAUAUUGAGAAUUUUUCCAGAUAAAUUUGUGCUAAAGGAAAGAACACAAGAAGAUGUUACUUUAAUAUAUAACCCAUCAGACAGACAGAGCGAUUAUAAAACUACAACAGAACUAUCAACAGUAUACUUCUUUGGUGGCGAUGAAAUUUCCAGACAGCACUAUCGAAGAGCCCUGUUGCAUAAACCAGAGAUUAUAAAGCAGAUAUUUCCAGAACAUAGUGUGCUGCAAAAUAUGAAUUUUGCUGAAGCAUUUCAAGAUGAGCUGCUAAUAGAUGAAGUGUAUGAUCUUCCCCAACGGCCUAAUGAUAUUCAGCUCUUUUAUGGAAACAUGCGUAAAAUUAUCCUUUCAGUAUUUGGAGAAUUCAGAGAUUCUGUUUCUAGCAGAGAAUUUCUUCAGCCUUCUUCCAAAGCUAGCUUGGAAUCUAGAAGUGAAUCAGGAGCUUCUGGAAAACACAGUGGCAAUGUCUCUUUGGAUGUUUUACCAGUGAAAGGUCCUCAAGGUUCUCCUUUCCUCUCACAAGUUAGCUACCCACCUCAAGGUACAUCAGCCUCUGAAGAGAUGUGGACUGUGCAACCUGAACACUUGAUUCUGGUAGCUCCUCCUCCUUGUGACAUGGCAAAAACUGGAUGUUUCCAGAUUGUAAAUAACUCCGUCAGGUUGCUGAAAUUUGAGCUAUACUGGCCAGCACAUUGCCUGACAGUCACACCACAACAUGGAUUUAUUGCACCAGAGAGUAAACUACAAAUUCUUGUGAGUCCUAAUUCCUCCUUAUCUACAAAACCGUCAAUGUUUCCAUGGAGUGGUUUGAUCUAUAUACAUUGUGACAACAGACAGAAGAAAAUUGUGAAAGUUCAGAUUCGAGAAGAUUUGACUCAAGAAGAUCUUUUACCUCAUUUGGCCUCUAACACAUUUGGAAUUCUUACCCCAGCACCUGAGCUUUCUGUUGGUCACUUGACAAAACCAGUAACAAAACCACCUUCAACAAAAGUUGAAAUAAGAAGCAAGAUGAUCACUUUUCCUGUAACACAACCUGGUAAAACUUCAGAGAACUGUCUGGAACUCGAGAAUCAUGGCCCCAUGGACGUGAAGUGGCACCUGUCCUCUUUUGCUCCCCCAUAUGUCAAGGGAGUUAAUGAAAGUGGAGAUGUUUUUAGAGCUACCUACGCAGCAUUCAGAUGUUCUCCCAUUUCUGGUGUACUGGAAAGCCAUAAAAUCCAAAAGGUUUCCAUCACGUUUUUGCCAAGAGAUAGAGGGGAUUAUGCCCAAUUUUGGGAUGUUGAGUGUCAUCCUGUUAAAGAGCCUCACAUGAAACACACUUUGAGAUUCCAGCUCUCUGGAAAAAGCAUCAGAGCAGAAAAUGAGCAUGGAAAUACAUCCUCUUCCACAGAUACCCUCAUUAAAAUAGAUAAUGUAGUUACAUCCCGAAGGCGCACUGUGCCAGAGACUUCUGCUCUCCUGCCUGGGCACCUUGACUUGAGUCGCCGUGGUGUGUAUGCCCCAGAAGAUGUGUAUAUGUUCCUGCCAACCAGAGUCGGGGAAUCAAGGAUGCUCAAAGUCAAUCUGCGAAACAGUUCUUUCAUUACACACUCGCUGAAGUUUUUGAGUCCCAGAGAGCCUUUCUACAUCAAACAUUCCAAAUACUCUUUGCGCGCCCGGCAUUAUAUCCACAUCCCCGUGCACUUCAGACCAGAGUCGGCAGGAAGGUUUGAAGCGUUGCUUAUUAUUCAGACAGAUGAAGGGAAGAGCAUUGCUGUUCGACUAAUUGGUGAAGCCCUUGAAAAACUUAACUAGAAUACAUUUGUGUAAAGUAAAUUGCCUAAGUUAUAUUUUGUGAACUUCAUUUUUCUACACUACAAUUAUGAUGUAUAUGUUUUGUAUGAUAAAUUUGUUGUAUAUAACGAGGUUUUUUUUCCGAGAAAUCAGUCCUGAAGACCUAACUAAAAUAUCAUGUAUCUAGCCCACAGUAUUGUAUUAACUUUUAUAGGGGAGAAGAGAGUUGUAUUUUUUGCAUUGAUUAUGAUAUUCUGAAUAAACAUGGCACAUAUUUUAAUGUGGUAUAUCCAGAAAUAAACUUAACUUUCCACUGAACUUCUCU